AAACUUUUCAACAUGGCGACACAACAAACGGAAGCGAUCGAAGCAAUGGAAAAUGCGAACCGAACUUUGCAUCCUGGCUUCAGUAACGACAAGUAUUCUCUGCUCGUCAUUGUCGGUGGACAUAGUCGGACUGGAUUUGUGGACUACGUGGUUGCAGAGAUAAAGAGAGGCAUCCGCUCAUGGGAUGUGGACCUGACAUUCUGUAACCUGGACGAGCAGCUCAAGCUCUUUGUGUCUCGACACUCUGCCUUCUUCUCGGAAGAAAUAAAAGGCCAGAGGACACUGCAGCACAGUGGAGACGUUCUAGACACCAAGGUGGUGGGGAACCCAUCCCAUGAGUUGGUCUGCUCAGAGGUGCGCCGGCUUAUAUCUGAUGUGUCUCGCCACAAGUUGUUGGUUCUUGCUGGACAAUGUGUCGAAGAGGCAGGAGACCUGGUCUUACAAACAGGAUGCUUCUCUCUCAGUGACUUCAUUCAGAUAUUUGCUGAUGAAGAGAUUGGAGAGUUAUUGAGCUCGGCAGACCCUACACAAAAAGCUAGCCUCACGCUGAGUUGUCCUAACACUGGGGUGUGGAAGAACUCAGUGUUGGAGAAACACAACCUACAAGACUUCAUUGACAUCAAAACAAACCUGCCAUCAGUGCUACCUGAAAUGGAAGGUCUGCAAGAGUUCACAGAAUACCUCUCAGAGUCCCUGGAGCCACAGUCUUCUUUUGAGCUGCUGGAGCCCCCCAGUACUGUGGGCUUCCUCAAACUCUCCCGCCCCUGCUGCUACGUAUUUCCAGGUGGGAGAGGAGACUCUGCCUUCUUUGCUGUUAACGGUUUCAACAUCCUGGUCAACGGAGGGUCCGAUCCACGCUCCUGUUUCUGGAAACUGGUUAGACAUCUGGACAGAGUUGACUCCCUGCUCCUUACCCACAUCGGCACUGACAAUCUUCCAGGGGUGAACAGUCUUCUCCAAAGGAAAGUGGUAGAACUGGAGGAUGAACAGUCUGCCGACUCUCAGAUCAAUGAGGACUGGAUGAAAAAUCUAAUUUCCCCUGAUAUUGGCAUAGUUUUCCUUAAUGCUCCAGAGAGAUUGAAGUCAUUCGAGGGUGAUCCCAAAGAACUGCGGAGCUGCGAUCAGGUGGCACUCACGUUGCAGCACCUUGAAAGGCUAACAAUCAAUCCAGAGCCUCUUAGUCGCUCAAAUGGACCCACCAUUGAGCCUGUUAUACUUUUCCAGAAGAUGGGAGUCGGUCGUCUAGAGCUGUAUGUUCUUAACCCAGUCAAAGGCAGUAAAGAGCUUGAGGCUUUGAUGAAGAACUGGCCCGGCAAUGGAUCUAACAUGAAAGGCUCAGAGAUACCCCUGCCUUGCCUCGUCUCCAUCUGUGCUCUAUUGGUGUGGCAUCCUGCCAGUACUCAAGAGAAGAUCAUUCGAGUUCUCUUCCCUGGGUGUACUCCGCAGGCCAAGAUUCUUGAAGGACUUGACAAAGUAAAGCAUCUAGAAUUCCUGAAACACCCCGCCGUGAGCCUCAGGGACCUUGAAGCAUCCAAAUCAGAUAAACAACCAAAACGUGCAGAGAGUCGGGAGAGCCUCAAGUCCCUUCCAAGGGAAUCAAGACCCAGCAGUGCCUUGCUGAAGGACAAACUUGGACGUGGGGACAUUAAGAAACAAGACGUGAAGACCAAGCCCAAGGGCCCAAGUGACAUUGCUCCUAAAGAAAAGAAGGAAGGGGAUGAGAAGUCGAAAUUGAAGGAUGGGGAUGCUAAACAAAGACUUCCAAAGCCUGAAAAGCUUAUGACAAAGAAAGAACCUUUAAAGGAUGAGAAAAAAGAAGUCAAAAAGAGGGAUGAGAGAGCCUCUGCAGGUGUUGCCAAAAAGGAUGAAAAUGUGGAGAAAAAGAAAGAACAAAUUAAGAAAGAACCUCUUGGUCUUAAACCAAAGAAAGAUGUCAAACCUGAUCCAAAGAAAGAGAUCAAGAAGGAAAUCAAGCCAGAUGAGAAGAAACCAACAAAACCUGUCAGCAAGGAUGUGAAAAAAGUGAUAGCUGGACCUUCAUUAGGAACCCUAGAAGCAAAAAAGCCUGUAGGCAAGAAUGGAACUUUGAAGAAGGAUGCAAUCCCCAAGAAAGACUCAUUGAACAAGGGGGGAAAGUCAAAGACGAGUAAAAAGACAGAGAAUCAAAAAGCCUCUGAAGGGGAUGCUGAUCGUUCUAAGAUGUCAACACCUGAAGACAUGACAGCGGAAUUCGAGAAGCUCAGAGCAGAAAAUGGAGAGUCAGAGAAAAAGACUGCUGUUGUAGUGAGCACUAUAGCUAACAAUGAAGGAAUGGUGCAACCUGAAACAGAGAAUGGAUCAAGAGAAAAUGCAGAGAAGGGUGACAUCUUGGAAAGUCCAGAAAAGUUCCGCUGCAUGGAGACACUCCCAAAUCCAGGGAAGGCCCUGGGAACCACUUCACCUCUUGCCAAAACUCCUAAAAGUGACCGCAGUGUGAACUUUGAUAUCACACCAACUGAAUACAGGCUUCUUGAUGGGGCCCUGCGAAAUGGACAAGAUGCAUGUGCCAGCUCAGAUGAGAAGACUUUAGAGUUGGUCUCCCCUGCUGACUCAGCCCCUAAUAGCGCUGGACAUACCCCUUUCCACCAAUCAUCUGAAGAGGAUGCUCAAGGCUCUGGUGAGGACAGUAGUCUCGGGGGAAGGGUGCCUAGCCUUGGGUUUGAAGACUGCCAUGUCAUGGGUUCUUGCAGGAACUCUGAGGUAGGCUCCUUGAGGGGGAACCUAGAGAACUCUACAUCGUCCCAGGAGAAGCAAUCAAGCCUUUUGACACCGAGUCCCUUCAUGCUGCCGGACUCGGUCUCCCCCAAUAUUACCUCUAUGCCUGCUGAAAUCGGUUCCCCACACUCGACAGAAGUUGAUGAGUCUCUUUCCGUGUCUUUUGAACAGGUGCUCCCAUCUAUUGAUGAGUCACCCAAGGGAGACCAUAUGGACAGGUCCUACUCGAAUGGGCAUUUUGCUGAUCCUGACCCCAAAAUGGGGAUGUCCUUACCUUUGAGGACAUGUCAUAACAUGCGUCCGCCAGGGGAUGGCUCAGAGGAACGCCUUACUGGAUUUCAGGGUCUUCUCCCCGACGUUCCCCAUGACGUCGACCUCUGCCUGGUCUCACCUUGUGAAUUCCAGCACCCGAAGUCCCCAGAGAACCAACAACAGCAUCUGUCUCCGGGGCUAGCGACAGGUAGCCCGCGAGAACUAUCAGAAAACAGCGACCACUCCCAGGAGCUAGCUAAGCCACAAAGCGUCAUUCAUAGUGAUCGACAUUCGCCACAAGGUCAGGAGACUCCACCCACAUCUGCUAGUGAGUCCCUCAACACAGCCACAGAUUCAGACAUACCCCCAGGGACUGAAGACUGCCCCUCCAUCACUGCAGACAUGGACUCUGAUGAGGAUUCUGGGAGUUUCCCACCCCACCAUCCACACGACCAUCCCAGCUCUCACUCCUCCAACAGGGGAGCUCAACAUUCCUCUCAGGACCCUCCCCCAGCCCCAAUGAAGGACCUGCCACCCUUGCCGCCCCAGCCCGGUGCCUGCAUGGCUGACCCUGAGGCUGAUGCUCCAAGCAAGACCUCAAAGAGCACAGUCACAAAAACCAAGAAACCAGCUGGGGUCACACAUAGGUUAACGUCAGCCACCAGUACGACUCUGAACAGCAAGACCAAGACUGGCAGCACAACUGGUACGUUGAAGAUCACCUCAAGUCUUGACACAAGGCCUUCAUCCCGCAAUACCACUAAUGGCUCCAGACCUGGGACUGCAAGGUCAGCUUCUUCAGGUUCUAUGGGCAGCAAGGCCAGUGCAGCUGGAGGGGCCCCAGUUUAUUUGGACCUGGCUUAUCUCCCAUCUGGCUGUGCCUCUACCACCAUUGACGUGGAGUUCUUCCGACGCCUGCGCUCCUCCUGCUACAUCGUCAGUGGCAAUGAGCACCUGAAGGAGUCUGUCAUGAGACCUAUUCUUGAUGCCCUACUGGAGGGGAAGAUGGCCUGGCCCGAUGUGCAGGUGACCCUGAUCCCCACUUUUGACUCACUGACGAUGCAUGAGUGGUACCAGGAGACCCACGAGAGGCAGGGGGAGCUGGGCAUUACCGUGCUGGGCAGCAACAGCACUGUGGCCAUGCAAGAGGAGACCUUCCCUGCAUGUAAAGUGGAGUUCUGAGAGGGAACAAGACGAAUCUUCAGAUCCCUGCACUCUUAUCCACCAAAGUAUCUCCCUCAUUUGAUCUUCUCUUAAAUUGUGAUGGACUCAUUUCCCCCCUCUAAACUGACGAUUUCCCACCCUAGCAUGCAUCAAGUAUAGCCUGGUAGAUUAGCAGGCUUUUUUCCUCCUUUCAAUCUUAUUAAUAUAGAGCGGACUCCAGCAAGCACUCCCAUCUUUGCCUGGGUACAUCUAUACCAUGGAAAUGAAGGCAGAACAUGAAGAUGUCCAAGAGUCUUUGGUCUACCAACAUGCAGAAAGGUUGUUCAUUAUGAAUGCUAGGCAAGGUGGACUUAGAAGACUGGCAAUACUAAUCGAAGUUCCUCACAUUUCUUAUUAGCAGCCAGGUAGUUGUGAUCCAAAUCCACAACAGCCCAGAGAGAACUAGUCGACAGCUGUAGGAAACCCUCUGCCUCCUUGGGGCUGAACUCCUGAGUUUUUCCUUUAAAGAUGAAUCAUUUAAUCCAUAUAGCAUUUCAUAGGUGUAUUUAGCCCUGCACCCAUUUGCACAGUUAUUAAUUUCCACAGACAAGGGGACCGCAGUGAGAGAAUCAGUGUUACAAUAGAUGUCCGUCAAAAACGAAAAAAGGCAGAGGGUGUGUGAGAGGAGGUGAAGACGGGACCUUUGUUGUCUCCUGGGGCACAUGUAGACGUGCCGAGACCUCAGCACUUACUGAAGGACACCGACAUGUUUCUACAUCCCAUUUUGAGUUUCAUAGACGGUCUAUGAACAUUAUAAGGAGAUCGCCAAUGUCUCGGAAGGUAAUGGUAUGCAUGUGAACAGAAGGAUUACUCUGACAUUGAUAAAAUAAUGAAGUCCAUGUUUCAAGGAAUUAUGAAAUGUGCAGUAUUUUUGUGUAACAUUCAUAUCAGUCACUUUAACCCUUCAUCUGGAGCACAUACAGUGGUAUACACUUUUGACAGUGUCUUUUUAAAUGAAAUGGCUUGGUAAAUACUAGGUAAUAAUUUGUAGUUUUAGAUGGAAGGCAAUAGACAAUUGAGUAAUUUAUGUACCAACUCACAUGACUGAAUUAGUUUUAGUACCGAGUAGUUAUUUCAUGAAAAAAUGCACUUUGAAAGAAGUGUUAACAGUACAGUAUAUUUCCACACUAAUAAACCAACUGUAUCCAAACCUCUAUUUGAGUCCCUCUUCAAGACCAGAAUUUGUUUUAUCAUAGAGAAGCUGCAUGAUGUCACCAUCCUCUAAUUUUAAUUAUAAACUGGGAGCGUUGAGUCCUGAAUGCUGGUAACCAGUUUAUAAUAGCAUUAAGGCACCUCUGGGUUUUUUGGUAUAUGGCCAAUAUACUACAGCUAAUGGCUGUAUCCAGGCACUCCGUGUUUCGUUGUGCGUAAGAACAGCCCUUAGCCGUGGUAUAUUGGCCAUAUACCAAACCUCCUCGGGCCUUGUUUCUUAAAUAUGCCAUAUCAACGGGACCACUGAAUGUCACAUGCACCAGAGGGUAAGCUUCACUGAAGAGGGAUACACAAAAUUGGAUAUGCUAAUAGGGAAGUCAUUAGCAAUACUUUGCAAGAUAGUACAUUCCAUUUAUCAGAGUGGUUAUUAUUGUGCCUAAGUGAUCUAAUGUAAAUGCUAAACAUAUGAUUUUUAACAAGAAUGGAAAAUCAGUUAUAUCAGCAAUCGCUUGUGUAUCUGGUUAAUUGCAGUAGAAUGUAAAUGAUGUUAUCUGUGAAUGUCAACGCUUUUAGCCUCUAUCGAAGCAGAGUCCAAAUGCAUGCCAGCACUGUUUGCACUACCAUGCCCACCACUUUGCUUGCAGACCAAGCACUCGUUGUGUUAUAUUGCUCUUUGUUACAAAGGAUAUUUUCAUUUUAUUCAAGGAGAAGGGAUAUGGAAAGGAUUUUAAACUUUCUUUUCACUUGGGUUAAAUAACUGGUAUUCUUAGAGAAAUGUACUUUUUUUCUUUAUUUUUUUUCACUUCAAAUUAUAUUUCUUGGCCAUGCCGAGUUGUACAAGCAUGCAGAUCUCACAAGUUAAAAUCUAAUUUGAAUUGAAUUAAAUGCCAUGGCUCUUUGAGAGCACCUUGUACAUUUGAAAAUAUCAUGUGAAAAGGGUGUGUUCAGCCAGCCACAUGUUGGCAGAUCAUAUAAUUCUAAUUAUUUCAUACAGAAAAAUGUAAUGUCAUCUGUUUUUCUUUUAUCAAAUCAUUAGCAAUUCUAUUUUUGUUUUUCCUAAAUUGAGUUUUCUGUAUAUCAAUAAUGUGAUGUGGCUACUUUAUCACUUACUAUCAUUUGAUUAGCAACAGGCUACUCGCAUGAUAUCAUUAGCCAAUGGCCGGACAAAGUAAGUGGAACAUUGUCAUAUGGAAGGGUGUGAAAUGGCAGCAUGUUUUUUGGUACUAGCUAUAAGUCUGAGCAAAAAUGAUUGAAAGUGGAUUGCAUGACACUGAUCACUUAUUUGGAGAGCUAUUUCACACUAGUGGAGUUAAGUAAUAUCUCAUACUAAUCUUAAGUUUUGACAAUCCAUGUCUGUAUUUGUGUGCACCAUAUAUCACAACAUUCGAUAUAUCAGAUUCUGGACUCAAUGCAUUGGUUUGGAUAUUGUGUGUCUCUUACACCCGCUGCUGUUCAUAACAUGACUUGGCUUUGUUCUCAAAGCUGUGUCCCAGAAUGUCUACUACCACCUAUUGAUUCUCCCUCCUUGUCUGAAUAUUUUGAAAGCCAGGUUCAGUGGUGUAUUUGGCUCAUUGGAAUCAAUAGAAAUGAUGCGCUUGAAGAAAAGAAAUCUAAAGAAUGGUCCUGUGUUUCUCUGUUUCCAUCCCUGCCCCAUUAUAAUAAAACUAAGUGAAUGAGAAACCUCUUGUCGAAAUCUGAGGCGCUCCUGCGCUUCAGUCACAAUUUAAAAGUGACCGUAGCACUUUGCAUGGACAUAAGUGUUCAUAUCUGUAAAUCACGCCGCAAUAUAACUAAACCCAUUGAGAUUAAUAUGUUCUAUUAGUCUUUGGCAACCAAAUUGAACAGCACAUUUUGGGAGAUGGUAUAUCGUUUCUUUAAAGCCUUUAUAUUUCAGUUUUUGGUGCUAUAUUUUUAAAACUUAUACACCCCUCUUUUCCCUUGCACCUAUACAUGUAUGUUUGUCUAUUUCCAUAAUAUGUUGGUGGUUCACACAUCACUUGCAAGUGUCUGGAAUUCACCCAGGAAAUGCUUUGAGUGUCUGUAAAAAUGUCAUUAGACUGUUUCAGUGGUGUCAAGUGAGUGUGGUGGUUAGAUGAAUAAUGACAGGGUGGAUUGAUUCACUAUUGAAACACAUGUUUGUUUUUUCUCUUUUUCAAUACAUGUACCCCUUUUUAUAAAUGUGUGUGCUUAA